CACCAAAACCACCUAAUCCAUUUUUUUUAAAAAAAAGGACUUAACUCCCUUCUUUCACUCUGUAAUUUGAAAGAGAUAAACAAUUUUUAGCAGUGUGGAGAAAAUGGACACGAUGGAGAGUACCCAGAAUACCAAGGAACAGGAGAUUCCAGGAGCCCCUCCAUACCGUCUGAGAGACCGUGAACAGCUCAGGAAAAGAAAGCUGGAAGCACAGGAGCAGAAGAGUUCACAGUGGGUGAUUAAGGAGAAAUCAAAAUCAAAAAGAGGAAGAAAAGGAAAGGCCAGUGGAAUAAGCAUUAAGCUUACCAAGAAGCCUGAGCCUGAGCUGGUGUCUCACCCUGAGCCUGAACCUGAGCUGGUGUCUCUUCCUGAGCCUGAGCUGGUGUUUCAUUCUGCACCUGAACCUGCACCACUCCAAGAACCACAGCCUUUACAAGAUCAAAAAGAGGAAGUCAGAUACAAAGUAGAACAAUCGAGUCCUCAGUGGGAGAGGCCUACAUCACUGCAGCAAAGUGCAACCCUUUCGAUAAUUGGGUAUCCUGCUUCUACUUCAACAGAUGAGCUUGGAGGAAUACAGCCAGCUUGUAUGAAGAUAUCAGAGAGUUUGCCACUACAGGCAGAAGAUGUGCCUGGGGAAAAUGCCCCAUCUGAAGAACAAAUAGUUUUGUCCAUAUAAAAACAUCAACACUUUGUGAAUUUCAGAGAUUUUUUUAAAGUUUUCUCUGACAGUUGUUAUUACACAGGGGAGAUAACAAUAGUACUUUUGUCACCACAGGCCAAAACACUCAUUAUAGAAGGUGCAGACUUGCAUCCUGUCACAAUACAGUUUGAUGCAUCAGGACUUUGAUGACGGUUGACAUCUUUCUUUAAUGUGCCACAUUCUGGCAGGAUGUGAAACAAAAUCUCUACAGUCUCCUGAUCAUUUAUGUUGCAUUCUGCAAGGAAACACAAAAAAUGAUAAAGGAGUAUCUUAAUGUAGAAGAGAGCUGACCCUAUGACAGAAAAAUUAUACAGGGUACCACAUAUUACAGAAACAGGGCAUUCAGCUCAGCCAGUGUGUGCAGGUAUUUAUAUUCUACGCAAAUGUCCAUCAGAGGAACACAACAUUAGGUACAGCCAUUUACUUCCCUGUAACUGGUUGGCCUUUCAUUAAGAUCAUGGUUAAAGAUAAGGAUUUGAGCCAGAAGUAAAUCAAAUGCUCUUGAGUGUGCUCUGCCGUCAAUAAGGUCUUGACUGAUUAUAUGCCUUUAUUUUCUUCUGGUACCCCCUCUCCUCUCAUUCCCCUUAUAUCCACACAUCCAACAGUCUCCACCUUGAAUAUAUUCAGUGACUGAACAUGCAGAGCUCACAUCAUCUCAGUUCCAAGCACUGACCUCAAAGCCUGAGACGAUACACCCUAGUUCUAGACUCGCCAUCUGGAAGAAACAGCCUCCCAGCAUUUCCCCGUCUAUUCCUUUCAGAAAACAUCACUCUUAUUCUUGUAAAGUGUACUGAAUAUAGGCCAAACUUACUUAAAUCGCAAUUCAUAUGGCAAUUCCUUCAUCCUUGGAAUGAACUUAAUGAAUCUCUGCUGCACUGACUCCAAAACAAUUGCAUUGUUCUUUAUGUAAUGGGACCAAACUUCUAUAAGAGGCUCAAAGAAGGCAUAUGGAAUGCUGGCCUUCAUUAACUGGGGCACAAAAUAUGAGGGCAUGGAGGCCACAGUACUAUUGUAUAAAACAUUGGCUCAGCUACAGCUGAAAUAUUGUGUUUAGUUCUGGUGGUCAAACUACAUAGAGGAUGUGAUUACUCUGGAGAAGGUGCAAAUGAGGUCUAUUUAUACGUAGCCUGAUACGGAACACUUUAGUUAAGAGGAGAGACUUGAUAGGCUGGGUUUAUUUUCCUUAGUAGCAGGUGCUGAGGGGGAACUUGUAAGAAGUGUACAAAUUAUGAGAAUUAUAGAUGCAAUUAAUAAGGAGAGUUUUUCCUAUGACCUGAAAAAAAAAUCACCCAAAGAGUGAUUAGAUAGGUGGUGAAUUACAUAAUUACAUAUACUAAUUACAUUUGGAAAGUGUCUGGACAAGCACUUGAAUCACCGAGGUAUAGAUGGCUAUGAACUAGGAGCUGCCAAUUAUGCAGACCAUAAAUGAGUAGGGAUGGGUACCUGGUGGUCAGCAUAGACUCUGCUGGCUGAAGAGCCUGCUUCUAUGAUGUAUGACUCUCUAUAACUGUUUUUCUUCUUCCUUACUUCCUCUGCCUCAUGAAUCAACAUAUCAAGAUCCAUCCUUACACCAAUAUUUAUUAGAUUUUCCUGGAUGGGUGAAGGCGAUAGUAAUCUAUAAUUACCUCAACACUUUCCCUUGGAGUCUAACAAGCAAACAGAAUGUUCUGCAUUCCUAUGACUAAGUAUCCAAAAAUAACUAACUUGAUCUAACUUCCUAUAUCUGUCUUUGCCCUAUUUUCCCUAAUAUUUUGGUCAACUGAUGAUUGUUUAAUAUUAUGUAUCAGAAUAUCCUUGUAUUCAUUUCUCCCCAAUAUGUUUAUUUAACUGUCAACUGAUGCAUCUCACCUGUUCACCUUAACUCCAUGUGAUAAUGAGCUUCACAUUUUCACCAGACUCUGAAUAAAGGAGUUUCCUUUGAAUUCCCCACUGGAUAUAUUAGUGAGAAGGAUUAGUAGAUAAUAAAUGCAAUCAACUACAUUUUACAAAUUAUUUUUUCCCAAUGUACUUGUCAACUAGCACUACCUAUUGGGAAAAUUCAUAUGACAUUUAGCAUGACACACAUUGAAAUGAUACAAUUCAACUACCUAGAUAGACACCAAUUACAAAGCUGAAGAGCAGAGCAAAAUUCUCAUUAUGUCUCCGUCAUCAGAAAAUGAAGUACAGAAAUUCAACAACCCUAUUAGCAACUGUAGGUGUCUCCCCAUGGUAAUGUGCAUGAUUGACAACACCUGUUAGACAGAGGUUGUGUUAUCUUUGUAAAUGUUACACGGCAUUUCCCAUUCAAAUAGUUCACUUUUAUCAAAUUAGUUAUGUUCAUGAUAUGACUUUUAUACAUGAUAUUUUAUACUGUGCAGUGGAUGUACAAAAAAAGAAAAAAAUGUAAAGAAUGUGAAAAUAAAGAAAUUAUUUACCCCUGUAUUUCAAUAGAUUGUUCA